AUUCAACGUAACUUAGCAACUUGUUCUAGCACCUUCCACAAAAUUCGAAUCCGAACAGACAUACAUAUACACCAAAUCAAAUAAAAGGGAAGUUACGAACAGUGGUAUCAUAUCAUCGAGAGAAAACAAAAAAAAAUGGCAGAAGAAUUGACAUUAGAUUUGGAAGAGCUUCGUCACUUGCACGAAAUCGCCAAAAGACCUCGAAUCCUCUCUCUUCUCACCUCCGAGAUUCGCAAUUUGGAAAAGUUAUCAUCAGAGACAUCAUCUUCUGCACGUGCAUCACAGAUUCCAGCACCAAUUUCUACCGGAACUACGGUGUCACCUGUAAUCAAGUAUUCCCCUCUCGCAUCUUUCAGUUGGGAUCAGGAUAAUGACAAAGUCAAGAUAUAUGUGUCACUUGAGGGAGUUGAUGAGAGCAAGAUUGAAUCUGAGUUUAAGCCAAAUUCGUUUGAUGUCAAGUUCCAUGAUAUUCAAGGGAAGAACUAUCGAUGCGCGAUUGUGAAAUUGCACAAGGAGAUAGUACCAGAGAAAUGUAAGGUUUUCGUCAAGCCUAAAAGGGUAAUCAUCACUUUGGUGAAGGCUUCCAAAGUAAACUGGCUAGAUUUGAAUUUCAAAGAAGAUAAGCUGAAGCCAACCAUGGAUAAAGAGAAAGACCCAAUGGCAGGAAUCAUGGACUUGAUGAAGAAUAUGUACGAGGAUGGGGAUGAGGAGAUGAAGAAAACAAUUGCAAAAGCAUGGACUGAUGCUAGAACCGGAAAAACAGCUGACCCUUUAAGUAGCUAUCGUUGAGCAACUGACAUCGGUUUAGAUGCUCAAUUCCUGUUUUUGGAGAGUGAUAUGCUUCACUUAAUCUCAUGAUUUAAUUUGAUGUUAUGAAAUGAAUGCUUGGUUUAGAAUUAGGUACAUGGCACAUUGGCACUGUAGGAGUCGAUGUGCAGUUACUAUUGUUGUUUAUGUUCUACUUUCUUAUUGAAAGAUGUCAUUUUUGCA